CCAUCACAGGGAGAGAUGUGGGGAGCAGAGAGGGAAGCACAGCAUCUCCGGCGGUCCCUGCAGCCCGGCCAAGCCCUGGGGCCAGCCCGGGGCUGAGCACCCAGCUGCGGCCGGCUUCCCUGGCCCCGCUACGGCCCGCUGGAGCUCAUCGAAAUCUCACCCGCUGUCAAACCCGCCUGUCGGCACUGCGGGACCGCCUUCCUCUCAGGCAAAGCCGCCGCUCACCCAGGACACACGGAGGGGGCUGCCGGGAGGCGCGGGGGAGCCGCGUCCCGUUUCCAGAAGAAUUACCCGAGGCUCCCGCGGCCGCAGCCACCUGUGCGGGCCGGGCCGGGCCUGGCCGGGCUGGGGGCGGGCCGGGAGCACCGGGUCCCUCCUCUGCCUGCGCCUGCGGGUGGGACAGGGAGAGGGAGCCUACAGCGCCCGGCCGCCGAGGCUCCCCUAGGAGGGAAGUUUCCCCCGAGCACGGAGCGGGGUUCCGGCAGGGAGCGUGGCUGUGCCGUGCCCUUUCCCCUCCCGGCAGGAGGAAGCGGCGGCGCCGGCAGGUGUCGAGUGGCGGUGACAGGGGCGGCUGAGCUGGGGGUCCCGCCGGGUGCUGGCGCAGCGCGGAGCAUGGAGAAGCUGAACAAGCUGGCCGUGCCGGCCGGGGAGAAGCUCAGGAAGCUUCAAAAGAUGGUUCAUGAUAUCAAGAAAAACGAAAGUGGGAUAAUAAACAAGUUCAAAAAGCUAAAAAAAAAACCUCCACCAAGUCUACCACGAAGGGAUUAUGCUUCAGAACAUGCAGACAAUGAAGAGGAACAAUGGUCAGAUGACUUUGACAGUGAUUAUGAAAAUCCAGAUGACCACUCUGACUCAGAGAUGUACGUGGUCCCCAGUGAAGAGAAUCCUGAUGACAGCUAUGAGCCGCCUCCAAGUGAGCAGGAGAAAAAGAAAAUUCCCUCUGCGUUCCCUAUUUCUAGGGGUGAAUAUGCAGACAAUCGCACCAGUCACCAGCAGCUUCCUCCCAUGAACAAACCUCUCCCAAGCACGCCCAGUCCAGCCUCAUCCAGACCAAACAAACCAUCCAAGCCAUCCCUGCUGUUGCCAUCUCCUGCUGCAAAACCAAAAUUGCCACCAAAGCCCAAGGAGUGUAGUGACGAUGAGGAUAAUUACAUUGUGCCUGUGGACAAUGACGAUGAUAACUAUAUUGAACCCACAGAAAGCAGUGUGUCACUACCUGCAAAACCUCCUGUGAACAGAUUUAUGAAACCAACCACAAAACCAGUCCUCCCUGCUUCUGUCAAGCCUUCUGUUACUUCUGACAUGCAAGAAGUCUACGAGGUUCCUGAAGAGGAGGAAAAACCUUCACCAUCACCAGCAAACAGGUUCACUAAGCCACUUCCUUCUACACCUGCUCAGAAUAUAGAGCACUCCCACGUGCACAGCAUGACCAGAGAGUCACCUAAACUGGAUACUCCCAGAAAUGUUUUGCCUCUUCCCAGAAAUCGUCUUCAUCCAAAAAUAGAACACGAAGCAAACAAUAACGAUGACAAUCAUAGCUUCAGUAACACACAAGAAUGCAGAUUUCCCACUGGAGCAGCUCCAUCUCCAUUACCAAGGGUCCUAAAGAAAACUUCUAAUGCAGUAAAUCCAGCAAAACCAUGCUUACCUUCCAGAGACACCUCAACUCUAAAUGAAGAAAAACCUACAGCAGCGGAACGACGACGAAGUUCCGGUCAUGAUCUUCCCCUUCCACCCCUUCCAAGUGGUGCCCAAAAAUCUUUGCUCCAAAAGGCCUCAAUUCUGCCAAAAGUGCCAGAAGCUGCAAACCGUUCUCUGGGUACUUCCUCUCACGGCAGCAUUUUAUCCAUUUCAAGUACUGCAGACCAGGAUGCUGGUGUUCAUAGUAAAGCGUGGUUUGCUGCUACCUGUGAUCGGAAAACGGCAGAAGAUGCACUGUACCGAUCAAACAAGGAUGGAUCUUUUCUAGUAAGGAAGAGUUCUGGACAGGAUUCAAGGCAACCGUACACACUGGUUGUGUUUUAUAACAGAAGAGUAUACAACAUUCCUAUACGAUUUAUUGAAACAACAAGACAGUAUGCACUGGGCAGAGAAAAAAAUGGCGAAGAGCGCUUUGACAGUGUUGCUGAAAUAGUAGAGAAUCAUCAGCAUGCCUCCCUGGUUCUAAUUGACAGCCAAAACAACACAAAAGACUCGACAAAACUGAAAUACAUUGUAAGAGUUUCUUAAUCAAACUGAACUGCUAAGAUGAAAACUGGUUUUAAUCAUUUGUUGCAACAUCCCAAAAUAUGUGGAUCGGGUAUUAAAAGAAUGACAUCCAAAAUGAUGGAAAAUAUUAUUUAAGAACAUCUACAGAGUAUUAAGAGAUGCAGUUCAUCAAGUUCAACCCUGUGUCACUUUAUCAGAAAAGCAUAUUGAACAAGAAGCCAAAGCAGAUACACCAUCAUCUGUGACAACACAGGUAUUGAAAGUGGGGUGAACAGCUGCAUACCAUGGCCUUGUCUUCUGCCUGCUAUUUAAAGAUAUAUUUCCUGUAGGACAUUCUCACUUUAAAAGUGAGAAUAUCCCCAGUGAUCUACUCGUUCCACUUGUUAGGUUUACCACAGAUCACUGCUUUCAAUAAUUUCUUUGUGAAGUGCACAGCCCCAGAAGUUAGAGCAACUCAACCUGAUGUACUGCUGUGUACAAGCUGAAAAUAGGACUGUACUUCACAUGAAUAAACUUCACAGCAAUAAAGCUGUCACUGUUUUAGACUAAUGGACACGUUGUCCUUUUCCUCAGCUUUACUCUGUCUCAUUAAUAUUUGUUUGUAUUUUCAAAUAUGCAAAUAAAAUCCAAAAUACCAUGAAAUCA